AACCAUUCCCGGCUUUUUACAUCAUUCAGUCAGCAACCCCGCUGGUAGACGGUACCUUUCUGUUCGAGCGCCCAUCGCCUCUCAAAGUACUCUUUCGCCAUGGCUGACACUGCUCCCGCCGCCGCCCCUGCACCUGCUCCAGCCGCCGCCCCUAAGAAAAAGGCAGCUGUGAAAGCCAAGAAACCCGCCGCGGCGAAGCCUGCACACCCAACGUACGCCGUCAUGGUUGCUGCUGCUCUGAAGGCGCUGAAGGAGCGCACCGGGUCCUCCCGUCAGGCCAUUCUCAAGUACGUCCUCGCCAACUACAAGGUAGGAGACGAGAAGCUGGCCGGUGCCCGCGUCAAGUCAGCCCUGAAGAAGGGGGUUUCGUCUGGCGCCCUGAAGCAAGUCAAGGGAGCUGGGGCGUCUGGCUCCUUCAAGGUGGCUAAGGACGAAGUCAAACCGAAGAAGGCUGUCAAGAAGCCUAAGGUCACGAAACCAAAGGUUACGAAGCCCAAGGUGACGAAGCCUAAGGUCAAGAAAGCCGCAAAGAGCCCAAAGGCUGCCAAGAAAGCUACGAAGAAGCCCGCGGCUAAGAAGGCCGUCAAGAAGCCCGCAGCUAAGAAAGCUACGAAGAAGCCCGCAGCUAAGAAACCCGCAGCAAAGAAGUAAAAUCACUCUGGCAUCGGGACCUCUGUUUGACCGACGACGACAAAGUAUAACGCAAACGAACUUCAACACGGAAAUCUAUUUUUAAGUAAAUCUGCAUCUUCGAGAGCAAAGGGAUUCUGUCGCUGUAAAAACAACAUAUACAAAUGAUUCAUGUACCUGAUUUAGUUUUUGUCAUUCAUUACUUCAUGUGUAAAUAUCACCAAAUAUAUUUAUUUUUCCA